GACAACAUGGGAAGAUGGCCACCUGGGAGUUAGCUGCUUAGCCUCCUCUGUAACUGUUCCUGCUUCUGCUCCACCAAACUAAAACCAAGCUGCCAUGGAAAAGCAGAAAAAAAGUCUCUCUCCAGAGGAAGAUGCCUUGGUGCACAUACAUGCCUGCACAGACAAAUACUUCCUGGAAGAUAGGUUCAUAGACUCAUAUAAAGGGAGAGGAGUCUUCACCCUCAGAACCAUCAAGCCCUCCUCUUUUGUCGUUGAAUAUCGUGGGAACAUAUUUAGUCAUAAAGACACAAGGCUCAAGAGAAAACGUGAUGAUAAACUGAGCAGUUUUUUGUACAAGUAUUUAUGGAAUGGGGAAAAGUGGUGCAUCGAUGCAUCGAAAGAAGAUGGUUCCCUCGGACGACUUGUGAAUGAUGAUGACACAAGUCCCAACUGUGAGAUGAGGAAAGUUGUCUUUGAAGGGGAGCCACACUUGUGUCUGUUCGCACUGAGGCAAAUAGCGAUAGGGGAAGAAAUAACAUAUAACUACGGAGAUUCCCCUUAUCUUUGGCGCUCAAAGGCAUCCCACUUUCGAUCAAGUACAUCAUGGAAUGAAGGGCCUGAGGGAUCCUGCGUGGAUGAUGAGCAUCCUGAUCCUGGACCAAGCCAGCGGCAUAAACUCCGAGACAGGCCCUUUAAUUAUUCUCAAGAGACAACAGGGUCCUUGAACGAGGAAGAGAUAGAUGAGUUUUCUUCAGACGCUGAUGAUGGCAACGCAGAUGAAGACUUUGUACCCAGUGAAAAUGAGGACGAGUCCGAAAAACGAACUGUGGGUCCAAAAAAUUUUUGUUUUGUUUGUGGCAAAGGUGUGAUUAAAGUUAUUCGUCAUCUUGCACGACAUGCCGAUGAAGAGCCAGAAAUAGCCAAAGUUCUUGUAUUGCCUAAAGGUUCCAAGGAGCAAAAACUGGCACUUGCCAAAUUAAGAAACCAAGGAAAUUUCAUACAUAAUCAAAAAGUGGUGAGAAAUAACAGCGGGAGGGUAAAAAUUGGAAGACGGCUAAAUCGUAAGGUAAAUCUGGACAAAUAUGCACCCUGUCUUCAUUGCAAAGGCCUGUUUAAUGCUGCAAAACUGUGGUGUCAUGUCGUCAAAUGUGCUUUUAGAAAGACUUCAAACACUGGAACAGCGAGCAAGUUGACAGCCUCGAGUGAGUCUACUCUGUGGAGGAUGCUUGUUGGUAUGACUCAAGAUGGCAUCGCCUUGGUAAUUCAAAAUGACUAUCUUCUUGUAGAUCUGGCUCAAUAUCUGAUCCAAAAAUACGGAACUAGUAAAGAAAGACAGGUUUACAUUCAACAGAAGCUAAGAGAUAUGGGGAGACUAUUGUUGGCACUGCACGAUAAGUCAGUUUUUAGAUAUGAAGACACUAUCAAACCCAAAAACUUCUACAAAGUUGUCAAGACUGUCGAAAUCCUGGCUGGUUUUGAUAACGAAAAGAAGAGCUACAGCAAACCAAGUCUUGCUGUGAAUUUGGUGCGUUCACUCAUGAAUAUAUGUGGCAUUGUUCUCAGUGCAAAUGAUGACAACGAGAAGAUGGUGGCAAGCGCAAAAAAGUUCAUGGCGCUGUGUAAAAAGGAAUGGAGGGAACUACUGCCCCAAAGAGCCAGUGAACAAAAAGGAGACAGUCCGUCUACAAUACCGUUCACACAUGAUGUGCAGGCUUUAUACAGGCACCUGGAAAGUGCUUCGGCCACUGCCAUCGCCAGCCUGAAGGUGCUCGACAUGCCACAGGUCUACAACUCACUCUGCAGAGUGACUCUUGCACAGGUGAGCGUCCUAAACAAGCGUGCACCUGAGGUUUCAAGUAUGACACUGAAAUCAUUCCAGGAGAGAGAGGACACUGACCAAGUGUUGUCCAAAAACUUCAUCAGAAUUAACAUUCACAGCAAGACCAACCAAAACGUUGCCGUCUUGUUGACGUCUGGACUCGUCGGUGCAAUAACGCUGCUUGUGGACAAGAGGAGCACCUGUGGCGUACACAUGGAUAAUCCUUUCCUGUUUGCAAAGCCUGACAAUUCUGUGUCAAGCCUCUACUCUGAUCGGGAGUGCAUCAGGACUUUUUUACAGCUGUGUAAUGCAAAGAAGCCUCAGCAUCUCAAGUUGGCGAGUCUCCAGAAGCAUGUUGCAAGAAUAUUUCAGAUUCUUAACCUUGAGAAUGAUGAGCUGGAUCAUCUGGCAAAGCUGUUGGGUCACGACAUCCGGACCGACAGGGGCUACUACCGUUUGCCUAAAGCAGCUGUGGAGCUGGCAAAAAUUGCAAAACUACUCCUGGCGAUGGAGAAGGGCUCUCUUGAAAGAUACAAGGGAAACUCGCUGAAUGAAAUAGAGAUUCAGGAUGAAUUGGAGUCAGAUUUGGAGCUGGCUGAGCCUAACGAAAGUCUUGAAGAGAACACUGAAGAAUUGGAUGUUUCACAACAGCAAGAAGAUGAUAUGGAAGAGCAAGAUAGUGAGAUAAUGGACGCAUUACAAAUGGACCUAAAUGCUCCUACAUCUUCCUCGGAGGAUGAAUGGGUUGAGGCAUCGGUGGAGGAGGUUUCUAGUCCGUCAGGAUCAUGCUAUGAUGACUUCUCUGACGAGCAAGCAAGUGUUACCAAUGAAAACCAGAGUAUCCAGGAUGAUUUGGAAACCCCACUGUUAGAGUCACCUACAGAGAGUAACUCUGCUUUACCAACUCAUUGUGAUUCAUCUGUCCAGCAGGAGAAUGAGGCAAAUUACAACUCUGAUGACUGGUCUGAUGGAGAGCCCAAAACACUCUCCAACUCCAGAAAAAACUUUUGUUACAUUUGCGGGAAAGCUCAGUCCAAAAUUUCCCGUCAUCUUAAGACCCACAGAAAAGAUGUGCCUGAAAUCGCUGAAGUGUUUGCAUUACGUCGCAAGUCCAAGGAACGAAAAAAGCAGAUAGCACUGUUACGAAACAAGGGGAAUUUCAAACAUAACCAAGAGGUUUUGAAGAAUCGGAGCGGGGAGCUGAAAGUGAGACAAAGCAAAGGAAAGGCCAUCUCUGCCGAAACAUUUGCAACCUGCUUAUACUGUAAAGCCAUGUAUUGUCGCAAAACAAUAUGGCUACAUUAUAAAAAGUGUGCUUCAAAGAAAGCCUUAAAAGCUACAAAUGUUGUCAGCACCAGCGUUUUAAUUUCAGUUCCAACAAUGACAUCAGAUCCAAAGAAAUUGCCAGCGGAUGUGAGGAACAUUUUAAAAACCAUGAAGAAAGAUGAGAUUACAGCUGCAGUUUGGAGUGAUCCCUGUGUGCUUCAGCUGGCGCAGUGUUUGUACAACAGCACAAAACCAUCAGUUAUCCACAUCAGACACAUGGUGAGGCUCACAGGAAGGCUACUAUUGGAGUUUAGGAAAAAGUCCAUCAGUUCCUUUGACGACGCCAUCAAACCUGACAACUUAAGCAAAGUCCACGAAGCUGUCAAAGAGAUGAUUGGUUGGGAAACGGGGAAACCAAAAUCUCUGCCAAAAUUCAGAUCUUUACUCAAGAAAGUUGGUGAAAUAAAAUAUGCAAUGGCUUUGUGGGAGGAGGCUGGGGCAGAGAAAGUACAAAAUGCUGAUGCAUUUAUUAAGAUGGUCACUGAGGAAUGGUGCCAACGUAUUCGAGAGAAAUCAAUUGUGAGCAGCGUACCAACCAGACCAUUCAUACAGGAUGUGCAGCUUUUGUACCAGUACAUGCAGAAGACGACGGAGUCGGCAUUCCAGACUUUGCAAAUGUAUGAAAGCUCACCAGUCUACAAUUCCCUUCUCAAAGUGUCUUUUGCACAACUGUUGAUCUUAAACAGAAAUGUGAGAAAAGUUUCACGAGUUACGCUCAAAUCGUUUGUGGAAAGGGGUGAAAACGGACCUCAGAUGGAGGCUGCUGAAGGCCAGUCACAGUUGGAGCAAAUUCUGUGUAAGCGCUUUGUGAAGAUCAAUGUUAUAAGCAAAUGUGGCCCAAAAGAUGGUGAGAAAAAGGUCACUGUGAAGAUGACCCCGGAAUUGCUCAAUGCAAUAACUCUGCUUGUAAGCAAGAGAGAAAACUGUGGUGUAUCUCAGAGGACACCCUUCCUGUUUGCAAAAACUGGUGCAAUAAUGAUCAGUGUUUUCCACGGGCAGUCAAGCUUCAACAACGCUGUGGACUGGUGCCAGGCAAAGAACCCAAAGAGCCUUAAGUCCAAGGGUUUUCGCAAACACAUUGAGAGAAUUUUUCUGAUUAUGUGCCUUUCUAAUGAAGACCUUGAGCUGCUUGCAAAACAGCUGGGCCGUGACAUUCCGACAGACAAGGAGUAUUAUCAAACACCAGAGGCAGCUAAUGAUAUUGCAAAAAUAUCAGAGCUUCUCUUGGCGAUGGAGAACGGAUGUCUCGAUGAGUAUGAGGGAAAAUCGUUUGAGGACAUUGUGCUUGCAGAUGAACUUCAGCCAGAUUUGGAGCAGGAUAAGUCUGAAAAAAGUGAUGCCUCUGAGGAAGAAGAUGCCGAAAGUUCAUUUGAGCAAAGUGCUGAGCAGACCAAUAAGGACAACAGUGAUGUGAACUCAGAGGAUGAGGACAGGUCAGAGGACGUGCCUGUGAAAGGUGACGAGAAACGGCUAUCACCCAGCAACAGGUAUUCAAGAAACAUGUACUCCAGUGAUGAUGAGGACAUGAAUGUGGACUUUGACGUGGAUUUGGACACCGAUGACGAAAGGGAAGAACAUGGUGAGCCUAGUAGAUCUCCAGCAGUUGCUGAGACGUCAUCGGCCAACGAAAUGGCAAAACAGGGCAAGCAGAAAAGGGGCAGGAAGAAGAAGGAGAAUUCAACUAUCAACCACUACACUGACUCAGACCAGGAAGAGACCAGGGACAUCGACUCAGAGGAAUAUCUAGAGGAAGAAGAGGAACAGGCUGACUCCAUGGAUGUGGACAGAAGUAGAUCCUUUGCUACCAUAGAUGCAGAAAAGAGGAACAAACUACUAGCAAAAAUGAUGAAAGAAGUCAAGAUUGUGCUCCCAAAAUUAGACAUUGACAAAUUUAAGCCCUCAGUCCCCAUUUCUGAGUUAUUGUCACUGUGUGAGACGUCUUCAGUGAUGAGUGAGCCUCUCCAGAACGACGACAAACAGUGUGAAACAUCUACGAGAUCUGCAGAUGUCAUGGCCUCGGCCCCCAUAUCUCAGUUAUCUCAUUGUGAGCCUGUACAGAACGAGGACAAUUCGCAUCGAAGAUCUAUGAGAUCUGCAGUUGUCAACAACAAGCCCAACAUUGGAAAGUUAUCAUCAACAUGUGAGACGUCACCAGUGAACAGUGAGCCUGUCCAGAACGAUGACAAACUGUGUCAAUCAUCUACGAGACCUGCUGUUGUCAACAACAAGCCCAACAUUGAAAAGACCAUGAAUGCCACAUGCUCUUGUUGCAAGAAGAGCAUAAUGAAGGGACAAACUGCGUUCCAGAAGAAGGGAUUCUCUGAUGUCUUCUGUUCCAAAGGCUGCCUGUUUGAAAUGUUCCCCAUCAACAAACCAGGCUCCAAGAUCUGCCAUCACUGUAACAAGGAGAUAACACAGCUUCUGGAGCUUGUCAUUGCUAUAGUGGACACCAAAGGAACAACAAAGGACUUUUGCAAUGUGUCCUGCCUGUGCUAUUUCAAGUCCAACAUUUCUUUCCACCGAAAACCACAGACACUGUGCCGCAUGUGCCACAAGUUCUCUAUUAACACAUGCGAUUUAAUCCUCAACGGUGCCGUUCACAAGUUUUGCAGCUAUCCCUGCUUAGAGAGUUACCGCCGCGACCUCUGCGACAACUGCAGCGGUCGGUGUUACAACCUGCCACUCCUACUGAAGCUGGAGGAGGACACGAAAAACCUCUGCACGGAGAAAUGUCUGCAAGAAUUUAAAGAGAAAACUAAGACAUCAUAUAUCUGCAUCAUGUGCCACAGAGCUCGACCCAUAUUCGAUAUGGUCAACCUCAAAAACAGUGACGGAACGGUGGAGCUUUUCUGCAGUCAACCCUGUGUGCAGUCUUAUCAACUGCAACCUUCUCCUGAAGUCUGCCUUCAAGAAAACCAAAAGUCUGCUCAGUGGCAAACUAUGAACAAUGGAAACCAACCACAAGAAAAUGUGCCUUCUGAGGUGGUAACCGUGGCUUCAGACUCCAGUGUAAUUAAAAAUGAACCCUCUCAAGCAGCGGUAGCACCCAGACUCUGUGCUUCAACCCCAUGUGUUCAGUGUUCCAAAUGUGGUAAGAGGAUGCAGAGAGGAGAAACACUUUACCAGCCGCAGAACUCGCAGGCCAUUUACUGCUCCACUAUUUGCCUCUCUGAAAGCAUCAAAACCUGCUACAACUGCUGUCAGGUGAUCUCACGUCCUCGCAACAUCAUCCUGGCUCCAGUGGACAGAACCGGGACUAUGAAGGAGUUGUGCAGUAAUGCUUGUCUCUCCUCUGUCCAAACCAAGAGAAAACUGGCUGUCCACAAACCCCCGACGGCAUUAUCUCGUACAGAGUGCAAGAUGUGUGCCAAAUUUUGCCAUUGCCCGUUCAAGGCCCGUGUGGGCCGUUUGGGCCUUAAUCUGUGCAGCUCGGCCUGCUUCAUCAACUACCACAAAGUCAACAACUUGCCCGUUUCUAUCUGUGAAAUCUGCUGUUCCACCGUCAUGAAGGAAAAAAUGGUGGUGAAGAUGGAGGACGGCAUCAAAUACGUCUGCAGUGAUCAGUGUUUCAUCAAGUUCAAAGAGAAAGUCGACACGCUUCAGUUGUGCCCCAUUUGCCAGACCUCCCAUCAGAUGUCCGACAUGGUUGAGAAUAAAAACAAAGACGACGUCUUGGACUUUUUCUGCAGUGACAGAUGUCUUAUGGUGUUCAAGGCACAGCUUGCUGUUGGAUCAGAUUCUUUCUCAGAAAGGAACAGUGCUUCACCUACAGAGGACGACAUUAAAGAUCUGAAGCCGUUGUUAGCAAAGGUGUGUUGUAUAAAAGAAGAGCCCAUGGAUGUGGGGUACAACCAGAAUCCUCCCUCCAUGUCCACUGAGCACAUCAAGGAUGAGCGCGGACUGGCAAAGGAGGAUUUAAAGCUUGAAGAGAUUGUCCCUCCCGUCCAAGAGAGUGUCCCUCCUGCUCCCCCUAUCAUCCAGGUGGCAGUACAAGUUACUUGCGCCAGCUGUAAAAAGGUUCUGAUGGAUCGAGAGGCGUUUUUUCAGAAGAAAGACCACAGCGACAUCUUCUGCUCUACGUCCUGCCUUUUUAAAUUCUACCAAAUGAAACCAGUCACAAAGACAUGCCAGUUCUGCCUUGAGCCCGUACGUCAGUCUCAGGAAGUCCUCCAGGCUCCUGUGGAUAUUGAAGGGACACUGAAGGAGUUCUGCAGUCAGACCUGUUUGUCCUCAUUUAUCUACAAGAAAGGAGUGUCCAUCAAAAUACCCAUCGUCCCUGUAGGAUCUCACUCACAGUGCAGCAUGUGCAACAGAUACUGCAUUAGCAAACAUGAGGUCAUUCAUCAGGACGCCAUCCACAAGGUCUGCAGUGACCACUGUUACCUCCGUUUCUGCAACAUUCACAGCCUGAGCCUCUGCAUAAACUGUCGCUCCUGCUAUGACAUACCGAUUAUGCUACUGACAGGAGGAGUCCUUAAGAAACUGUGCAGUGCAGACUGUUUGGCUCAAAUCAAAAAGAAAAUCCUGAUGCCACAGCUGUGUGCCAUGUGCCACACUUCAAAACCAAUAUCAGACAUGGUGGAGAACAAAAGCAGUGACGACGUGGUGGAGCUUUUCUGCUCCAGCAGCUGCGUGAUGGCAUCAAAGAUCCAGACUGUCAGUGCAACAGGAGCCAAACUGGAAUGCGACAACUGUAAGAAGAACACAGUACCAGCCUGUUACCUUGCCAUGGCAGACGCCUCCUUUAGGAACUUCUGCUCUCUGACUUGUGCCAUGGUUUAUAAAGAAACACAGUCGAAAAGCAAUCAACAGGAGGCUCAGAAAGAACCCAGUGCUGCCACUAAGCUGACGGAAUCCUCUGACCAAACACACGAUCCGCCCAAACUACCAGACGAGCUGCUUUGUGCCAACUGUCAACACAUCAUAAAAAAUAAACCCAAACUUGUCCAGGAAGCGGGCAAAGUGAAUUUCUUGUGCAGCCUGACUUGUUGUGAAGUGUUCAAACAGUCCAACAACAUCACAGGAAAGUGUGAAUACUGUCAGAGUGUACGGCCUGUCUAUGACGUUCAGAGGGUCAACAACAAAGAUUGCUGCUUUUGCAGCGAGGGCUGCAAGAGGAUAUUCUGUAAGGAUCGGGAGAAGGAGUGGGGCAAAUGCUGUCCCUCGUGUGCUUACUGCAGCUCACUGUCCAUAACACUGGUGACAGCAAGAUAUGGAGAGAGGGACGAGGAUUUCUGUUCUGAAGACUGCAGUUCCAAAUACAACAAAGUCUUCUCAUAUGUUGCCAAGUGCGACACCUGUGGUCGUAAAGGAGAACUGAAGAAGAGUCUUUACUUGCUGGGGCAUGUGAUGCACUUCUGUAACCUAAAAUGUCUCUUACACUUCUGCAGAAAAAUGGUCCAAAUGAAGAACACAGCUCCAGUUUCUUCGUCCUCUGCAUCUGUGGAGCCACCAGAGUCGUCGCCUGUCAUCAGUAACGUCAUCUCACUGGCUGGUUAUCUGGCUCAGUAUAAUAAUGCCAAGGCCAACCAAACCAAACAACAAGAUAAACAGCAAUGUACGCCACUUCCAGAAACAAAAGUGGACUCUGCCUCCGCCACUGUUAUUCAAACUAAGGUUUUUGGACAUGCGAGUGUUCAGACUGAGACUAAGGAACUGAAGAACAAGUCGUUGCUCUGCACACCGCUAGUUCACAACAAAGGAGUCUCCUGUACAACAGCUACUGCUGAAACGGAGGCACAGACGGACAACUUUUUUCCCAAGGUCAUUGUGCUGCCUAUCCCUGUACCAGUGUAUGUUCCACUGCCUAUGAACAUGUACAGUCAGUACACACCACAGCCUGUGGCUCUGCCAUUACCGCUGCCUGUGCCCAUGUUCCUCCCUGAGCCAUCAGUGAAAGCCACGGAUGAGAAGAUCCAGCAGGAGCCCAGCAAAGAAGAUCUCGACUUCAGGUGCGAGGCUGAGACGAAGCAGGACAACGGGAGUAAAGUUGAGGACAGGCUGACGGCCAGAGAGAUGACUCAGAUUCACAGUGAGCAAAUAUUUGAAAAGGAUUCCUUCGCUGAUGUCAGCCUGGGUUCUUCCAGUGGAUCACACACUCCUGCUGCUGUUCUCCACACGAGGGAGGAGCCUCAGAGCUCGACGAGCUCUUCACCUGUUCCUCCACACUUCCUGCAGAUUUUCAUCGACGUCCACGGCAACAACAACAACACGAGAUGUAAAAUAGAGACGUUGUCCAAGGCGGCUGAAGAGGAGACGCCUCAGAAGGAUUGUUCUAAAGUUGGAUCCAUAAAGUACCAAAAAUUGGAUUGUCAGUUUGGACUUGAUGCCUGGAGGAGAUGGAUUCAAUGGAGGAAAUCACAAAUUGACCUGGACAUAGAUUCAUCUCACUCUGUGACUUUAAAGGAGAAUAUUCUUCACUGCUCCGCGUCUGAACUGAGCAAUGCUCUCUCUCACUUCAUCACGGAGGGGAAACAAGCCGACGGUGAGCCGUACUCGCCCGACACUCUGUUCUACCUCUGCCUGAGCAUUCAACAGUAUCUCUUUGACAACGAUCGUGUGGAGAACAUCUUUAGUGAUCUGAUCUACAAGACAUUCUCCACCGAAUUUAUCAAGAUCCUCAGAGAUUUCAAACCUCCGGUGUCAGGCAGUGGUCUCAGUGGUUCAUGUGUGGAGGAGGACUUUCUUUGGGAAUGUAAACAGUUGGGGACAUAUUCCCCCAUUGUCCUCCUCAACACGCUGCUCUUCUUCUUCUGCAAGUUCUUUGGCUUCACCACGGUAGAGCAGCACCACCAACUGUCCUUCGCCCGCUUGAGGUGCUGCAGCAGAACCGGUCCUGACAAAACCAAGACCACCUACCUGCGCCUCUCCCCACCUUCAUCCACAAAGGAAGCAGAGUCAGAUACAGACGAAGUUCCCGCUAAAAAACGCAAGAAAGAGGAGAAUAAACAGAAUUUUUUGGAGAUGAUGGAGAACUUGGAGGACCCUCUGCGCUGCCCAGUCAGACUCUUUCAGUUCUACCUCUCCAAAUGCUCGGACUCGAUGAGGAAUCGCAGCGAUGUGUUUUACCUUCUCCCGGAGCGCCGCUGUUUCCCCAGCAGCCUCCGGUGGUUCUCCUCCACUCGUCUGGAUGACGGCCCCAUCGAGGCCAUGCUCAUGCGAAGUCUCGCUGUGCAGCAGCUGCGGGAAGGAACUUAGACGAGGUACGGACGACAAACGAGUUAAGGCUCAACGUUUACACCUGGUGUUUUGAGAAUGAUGGUGGGUUUUUUUCAUUGUUCUUUUGGGGGAAAAAACUAUGUUAAGUUGAAAAGAAUGUAGAGCAUUCCAGCGAAACAUAAAUAGUUCAAUUAAAUCUUUCCAACUAUCACCUGAAAGCGUUUGAACGUAGACCUGUUUAAUCCUGUUUUCAGCACGUUCUGAUGAAAACAUGGUGCACCUUACAUUUUUCUAAUCUACGAACGUUUGUUGUUGUCACUUUCAGUUCAAUGUUGAAAGUAAUAAAUUUCAUUGUAAAUAAAUUAAAGAAAAUAAUGGAAAUUUUAUUACCCAUUUUGUGACCCUUCUUUUGUAUCGUUGGAAUAAAAUGUUUUCAUUA